UUAUUUUAAAGGAGACAGUUGACUCACGUGCAUAUUUCACCAGCUCGACACUCUGCCGGCGAGCGGCGACCCGCCAACGGCAUCUUUCCCUCGGAUUCAAACCAUCCAAAAGGCAGUUUUUACGGGGCUGAACAAAGUGAGAAGAAGCGGAGGAAGGAGGUUGAAAGGUGGAAUGUAAAACCGUGGCGGCAGAGUGUUUGUUUUAGUGGCGUGGACGCUUUGCGACCAAAGUCCAUGUUUGGAUUAAGGAAGCACAUUUCCUGCUUUUUCGACGAUUCAGGUCUCUGCGGUGCUUGGGUUGCACAAGCCCACUGUUUGUGUGCGACCAUGUUUGUGUGAGCCCCCCCCCCCCCGGUGCAUGGUCAGGAGGAGAGCGUGUCGGCGGAGAUGAAGGCGGGCCGCUCCUCAUCGCUGCGGCUCCUGCUGCUCGCCUGCUGUGCGUGCGGAGCCGCCGGCUACCCGUUCAGACCACCGCCGGACCUCGACGUGACACCGCGCGUCACCGUGUUGAGCAGCAGUCUCCAUGGCUGCAGGCGUUUCCGCUCCUCCGUCGUCAACUACAGCGCCAUGUUGCUGGAGGCUGAGGGUGAGCAGCGCCUCUACGUCGGGGCCCGCGGGGCCGUGUUUGCGCUCGACGCCUCUGACAUCUCCACCGCCUCUGCUCUCACCAUUGAGUGGGAGGCCUCUCCGGAGCAGAAACGUCAGUGUCUUCUCAAGGGAAAAGACAACAAGACGGAGUGUUUUAAUCACAUCCGCUUCCUGCAGAGGUUCAACUCCACACAUCUUUACAUGUGCGGGACUCACGCCUUCAGUCCCAUGUGUGCAUAUAUAGAUGCUGAGAGAUUUGUGAUGUCUUCACCUGAAGAGGGCAGAGACAAAUGUCCGUACGGCCCAAAGACGGGCUACACCGGCAUCAUCGUAGACCAGGAGAUGUACACCGCUUCCCAGUACGAGUUUAGAAGCUUCCCAGACAUCCGCCGAAACUCUCCGUCUCCAACGCUCAAGACGGAGGACGCGCCCACGCGAUGGUUGAACGAAGCCAGCUUUGUGGGCUCGGCGUUGGUGAGGGAGAGCUUGAGCAGCAGCAGCAGCGCGGGCGACGACGACAAGAUCUACUACUUCUUCACCGAGGGGAGCCUGGAGCAGACGGGCACCUCCACCCACGGCAGGGUGGCGCGAGUGGCACGGAUUUGCAAGGGGGACCGAGGGGGCCGCCUAACUCUCCAAAAGCGCUGGACAUCCUUUCUCAAGGCCAGGAUGACGUGCUCCCUGCCCGAGUACGACUUCCACUUCAACGAGCUGCGCAGCGUGUUCGUCAUGGCCGGGGACACGCCGCGGGACACGCUCUUCUACGGCGUCUUCGGCCUGGGCUGGAAGAACAUAAAGGCGUCUGCGUUGUGUCGCUUCUCGCUGUCUGACGUCCAAGAGGCCUUCCAAGGACCUUACAUGGAGAACCAGGACUCUAACUGGAAGGAGUACACUGGAAAGAUCCCAGACCUGCGACCUGGAACGGUAAGCGUGCACUCACUCACACACGCGUUAUUUGCAUCAUUUAAAUAUGUAGGGCAUGAAAAACUGUCUUAAAUGUUAAUAUAAAAU